AUAUACUGCAGCUAUAGAACGAUGGAGGAUGAAUUCCAGCGUCCGAUUGCUCAGAACUUAUUUCGUCAAUCAUCGAUAGAAACCCCGCUGGAACCUUGCAUUCCACCGGAUUUAGAUUCCGGGAAUGAAGACAAGCAAUCAACGUCCGCAAAUAAGGUUUCGCAGGGGUUGACUACCGGGAAAAAUACAACUUCGAGGCCAUCGGCAAUAAACAACUUGCGCAACCGUUAUGAAAAUAUUGGCCUAAUUAAGGUAAAGCCUACAAAUAACGCGGACCCGAAAAGAGCUAUACCUGAGCUCGUUCCAACACCAGAUAAAAGCAAGAAAAAACCGACAGUACCGGCAAAAAACAAUAAAGCACUCGAGGGAAAAUCAAAAGAGAAGAAACCUGCACCAGCUGUAGCACCCAGAAAAGAAUCUCUACAAAAACCAGCAUCAACUGCAGUAGGAGCUAGUAGCGCAUCAUUGAUAGCUGAAUUGAAAAGUCAUUGUGAUAAAUCUAGUCAGGAUGACGAAUUGCAGGCGAAUUCGAAGCAACCGCCUGUGAAUCCGGUAGCAACGGUAAAUUCAGCUACAACGAUAAACCAGGAUGUUUCAGAGUCAGCCCAAGUCGAGACUCAAGCAAGUGUUGCAAAAAAAGGAGACCAAGAAUCACGUACUUCAGGAAAUAAGACUGGUGCAGUUGCGCCUGUUAGCACAAUAAAAGCAUUUCCAGUAAUGGCGUCACCACGGCCAAAAUCUCCUCGACCUGUGCCAGUGUCAGCGAAGAAAGAUGAAAAGGAAGAAAGUUUUUGGGAAAAAAUCGGGACCCUUGGUCGGAAGAAGCGGAUCAAGGAAGUUCAAGAGGUGCAAGAGGAGGGUAAAAAUGCAAUCGAUUCACCUGGGCUAGCUGCCAACCCAGAUAUGCCACCGGAAGAAUAUACUCUCGAUGAAAACGAGGAAAGAUCAAUGACAGAGCCUAGGUCCUUGGAGGAUCCUAAAUUGCAGGAGCUAAUUUACGUGCUUAUCGAAUGGAUUAAUGACGAACUUGCAGACCAGAGAAUCAUCGUCAAGGAUAUAGCAGAGGAUUUGUACGAUGGCCAGGUUUUGCAAAAACUUUUAGAGAGAUUAACCGGUGAAAAACUAGACGUACCGGAAGUAACACAAUCUGAGGAAGGUCAAAAGCAAAAGCUGGCUGUAGUAUUGUCAGCUGCAAAUCGAGUACUGAAUCGUUAUCCGCCUUACAAAUGGAGCGUUGAUUCUGUACAUUCCAAAAAUAUUGUAUCUAUUUUACAUCUUCUGGUCGGAUUGGCGAGGCAAUUCCGUGCACCAGUAAGGCUGCCUGAAAGAGUAGCGAUUCAAGUAGUUGUAGUACGAAAGAAAGAUGGUCAGCUGAUCCACAGGACAGUGCGGGAAGAAAUCACAUCCACCUAUGAAGAUUUGGGAAUGCGGUGCGAACGCGACGCGUUUGACACCCUGUUUGAUCACGCCCCCGAAAAACUUGCAGUCGUUAAAAAGUCGCUGGUCACGUUUGUCAACAAGCAUUUGAGCAAAGUGCACUUGGAAGUAACGGAACUGGACACUCAAUUUCACGACGGAGUAUUCCUCACGUUACUUCUGGGUCUUUUGGAGGGUUUCUUUGUGCCACUGGGCAGUUUUCACCUAACUCCAAAGACGCAUGACCAGAAAGUUCACAAUGUAUCUUUCGCUUUUGAUCUGAUGCAAGAAAUCGGACUUCCUAAGCCCAAAGCUAGACCCGAGGAUAUUGUCAACUUGGAUCUGAAGUCCACCCUUCGUGUUCUGUACAAUCUCUUUACAAAGUAUAAGGGGAUGAAUUAAUGUUUAUUAUUUAUUUGGCAAAUGCUACACUGCUAUCCUUAUCCUGAUCUAGUUUUGCAGCAGCUGGAGUAGAUUAUACAAAUACUUAGUUUGGAUACCGGAGCAGGUAACAUUUUGCUUCUACAAACUCGAAUGUAAAUUAAUAAUGUUAUACAUAAUUUGACUAACCAAAGAAGAUAUUUUUCGCUUAGUUGGAUAUAUCUAUGUAACAAAUUCUCGCUGUAGGAAAUUUCACACAAA